AUGCCGACGACAACCACGACAGUCACGGGUCGGCCGACCAUGUUCCACUCCUUUGACAGUCGCCGCAGUCCCCCGGGCUCGGGUGUGAGCUCCCCAAUAACCUCACGAAAGGUCAACCGCUCAUGCCAGGAAUGCACGAGACGCAAGGUCAAGUGCGAUGGUGGACAUCCUUGCGCCAGCUGCCAGUACUACAAGGUCGCAGACUCAUGCGAGUACAGGCAGCGGAGCAGACGACAUGCCGUCAGCAGGAGUACUCUUGAAAAGACUUCGGAGCAGCUCCGGGCCCAGUCCAGUGUGCUGCAGGAACUCUUCCCUGAUGUACCCGUCGACGAUCUGGUAGGCAAAAGUCGAGCAGAGUUGCUCGCCCUGCUGCCGCGGGAGUCUCUCUUUGUUUUGCGCUCCACCGCUCUGCAUGCGGACCCAUCACCAGUUGGCGUCUCAGCUGCUGAUGACGAUGACGACGAUGACGGCUCCGAUGGCUCCGCGCAGGUUUCUGAGAAUGGGGAGGCUGCAAAUGACAGACGUUGGGAUGAGCCCGCCCAACAGCCGGCGACUCUGGGCUCCAGCGACGACAUCAACGCCGUAAGUCUCGCAACAGACCAACACCGCCGCUCUUAUCUUGGCGCGACAUCCAUGAGCGCCGUUCUCAGGGCAGUAUUCCGUCUUUGCCCCGCUGCCAAAGAUCAUACUGCUCAGAGAGCAAAGGCGUGGAACGAUCUCCAUUAUCAAUCCCAGCUGCUUCCAUCCUUGUCUCUCGUCACCCCGGGCACAGGCUUGAACCCUCUCCGGGAACAGCGCUGCAUUGACUUCUACUUUGAUCACAUCCAUUCAGUAACCCCGAUUCUUAAUGAAGACGACUUCAGACGUAACCUCUCAGCAGGAAACCGUAUCGAUGGAUCCUGGCUGGCCCUCCUCAACAUGGUUUUCACCUUGGGCUCCAUCGCCUCCGGCAGCGACUCUCUCCACGUCCAAUACUACAAGGAGGCCCGCGCCCACCUCGACCUAGAUUCCUUAGGCUCUGGCAACAUGGAGAGCCUACAAGCUCUCUGCCUUCUCGGGGGCUACUACCUGCACUACCGAAACUCACCCAACAUGGCAUAUGCUGUCCUCGGUGCUGCUCACCGCGUCGCAAUAGCCCUGGGAUUACACCGGGAACCCGCCCGCAGCCGCGCCGCCGAGCCCGCAGAGAGCGUCACGGAGCACGGGACCUACAUCUCACGCGCCGAGACGCGCAGACGGACUUGGUGGAGCCUUUUCUGCCUCGACACGUGGGCGAGCAUGACCCUCGGCCGCCCAACGUGCGGCCGAUGGGAUAGCAGUACCAUGGACACCCUCUUACCCACGCCUCUAUUCCCCGACGACCACGUAGCAGCUUCCCUGCGGGCAAGCUGUCUAUUCUGCCACAUCUGCGACAGGAUCCAGCACCGUUUUGCGCAACCCGCGCGUCUGUCCGCCCACGAAGCUAUGGCUUUUGACCGCGAGCUGGUGGAGUGGCACGACUCCCUCCCCGACUACCUAAAGAACCCAUCAAACUCUCCACCUCGCCUGACGGAAGCACGCGAGUUCAUGCGAAAUCGCUACCUAAAUGUCCGCCUAAUCCUAUCCCGAAGCUUCCUCCUCUAUCUCGCCCAAGACCAUACCCUCAGACGCGGCGCCACCGCCAUCUCGGCUGUGACGGGGCCUUCUUCCGACGAGCUCGCCCUCGUCGAGACCUGCCGCUCCGUUGCCAUGGAGGCCAUCGAUGCAAUCACCCUCUACUGGACACCCAACCGUGUCCAUGUCUGGAACUCGGCAUGGUACCUUUUCCAAGCUUGCAUGGUUCCCAUACUCUCCAUAGCCAUCGAGGCACAUUUACGAAACAUCGUUCGCAAGCAGCAGCAACAGCAACAGCAACAACAGCAGCAGCAGCAGCAGCAGCAGCAGCAGCAGCAGCAGCAACAAUACCCACCACCACCAGCACCCGCGCCAACCGCAAUCCCAUCACAAGCAACAGCAAACUUGGCAAUAUUACCAACAGCAGCGACCGCCAACUCCCCCGAGAACAACACCAUCCUACAAUCAUGGUGCGCAAGCCUCGCAAAAGCCCUCGAGCUCUUUGCCGAAAUGCGCCCGUGGAUGCGCGCCUCGGACCGCACCCCCGACAUCAUCGGCGCUCUCUACGAGGCCGUCACCGCCGAGCUCGAAGGCUCCGGCGCCGGCUCCGCCAUCCGCACGCCCUCGGCCACCACGGACAGCGGUAUGGACAUGUCGAUGUGGUGCGACGAGCAGCUGGCGGAGAUGGACUGGAGUGCAUUUCUGGGAGGCGGCGGUGAUGGCGGUGGUGGCGGCGGCGGCGGUGGUGACGAUGGGGUGCAUAACGGCAUGUUUAUUUUCUCGUAA